CACACAGUUCGUGAAUGAGAAGCGGGCGGGGCGGCGUAGCACGCAGCAAAGAGGCAAGGUGUCGCGACCUAUCUGAUCCUUCCAUUGCCACACACUCAGCUCGGAGGCUGAACUCCAAUGGAGCUCACCAGCGCAAUUAAGACGAUGUCUGUGUCGCAGCAGCCAGAAGGGCGAGGUGUGCCUUGUUUGAGAUGUAAAGGAAUCUGCGCUGGAUUUGAGCCACAUUCCUGGAGGAAAGUAUGCAAGUUAUGCAGAUGCAGCCAGGAGGAUCACAGUUUAUGUUCAGAUGCAGAGGAUGACAAGAGAAUUGGUCGCCUGUUGGCCGAGUCCAAGUAUUCCAACCUGACAGCUCGUGUCAAGGGUGGCGAUGGAACCCGUAUCUACAAAAGGAAUCGCAUGAUCAUCACCAACCCAAUUGUGUCCAGAAAAGACCCAACGUUUGACACCAUAACUUAUGAGUGGGCUCCACCAGGACUAACUCAGAAACUGGCAAUUCUUUACAUGGAACUUAUUCCUAAAGAAAUGCAGCCAGUCGCAGGCACACAGGGAGCGCAGUACCGAAGAAGGCUAUUGAUGAAGCAGCUGCCCAUCUACGAUCAUGUUCCCAGCCAGUGUCACAACCUGUCAGAGCGGGAGGCAAAAGAAAUGGAAGACUUUGUGAAGAUGUAUAAAGAGAACGCACUUGGCGUUGGGGAGGUCGCCCUACCUGGAGAGGGUGGUGCUCAUAAAGAAGACGACAAGAAAAAUGGGAAGCAGCCGCCUGUAGAGGGCCACCUUGCACCCAAUGGUACACUGGGAGAAUCUCACAAGAUGGCUGAAUAUCACUGUGAGCACUGCAAGCAAACGGUGAAGAAAGAACACCCAGCUGUGUAUGCAGAGAGGGGAGGAUAUGAGCGCCUCUGGCACCCAGCUUGCUUUGUGUGCUCCAAGUGUCGGGAGCCCCUGGUGGACUUGAUCUACUUUUGGAAGAACCAGACUUUGAUGUGUGGCCGUCAUUACUGCGAGACGGAGAAGCCACGCUGCGCUGGCUGCGAUGAGCUCAUUUUCACGGAGGAUUACCAGCUGGCAGACGGACGGGCUUGGCACAAGCAACACUUUGCCUGCAUGAAGUGUGAGCAGCCCUUGGUCAACAAAGCCUACAGUCUGGAGCAGGCGGUGCUGCUGUGUACUGCCUGUAGCAAAAACAGUCAGCAUGUCUGAGUUGUCCCAGAUCAGGAGCCGGUGACUCACACAGGGACACAGAGCUGGGAUCUGAUUGAAACUGGCAUUACUAACAGUAAGCAAAUUAAAGAGCAGUGCCUCUGGCCGAAGCUGUGUAACUAGGACUCCAGUUUAACACAUUUACAUCUAUUCUGUAGUGUCUUUGUGUAGGAGCCAUGACAGAGCUGAUUUAUACGAAUAGUGCAAAUGGAAAAAUCUGUUUAGCUGACUGAGCAAAGUCAAUAGUGAGAUUAGGAGCCCACAGUAGGGAUCAUUAACCCUCCGAAUGCCGUCAUUCUUAUUUACUUUUGCGAUUUAAUAAACUGCCUCCGACUAUGCUAAAUGUUAAUUCAGAUGACACAUGAAAGGAUAAGUUUAGAAUUUUUCAAGUCAAAGUUAUUUCUUCACAAACAUGGCAUAAAUGAGUUUGCCGUGAAAAAUUGUGUUCUAAAGUUAAGCAAUUACUAUGAACUUCAAAAAAUAUCUUACCCACACUGGCACUUAAAAUGGAGGAAAAGGGGCACAAAGCACCACCGGAAAUCAAAACUUACCAGAAACGUCCAUUUUCCACGCCAAGACACUUGUCAAAUAUUGAUCCGCGGCUUGCGAUUGCACACAAAUUGUAAAAUAGCUUAUACAUGUCAUUUUUGACCAAAUAAAAAACAUAAAUAUUACGAGAUUCAGCCAUUUGAAAGGAAGACCAGCUGUGUGCACUUACCUCCGCGUUUGUCUCUUCCCCCUCGACAGGGGGCUGUUUGUUCUCAAAAGACCAAAUCACAGUAAACUGUCUGUGCCACAUGGUUGGUUUUGUUUUGAUUUACUUCUGUGUUUAGAUUACAUUAGGUUAGAUAAACUUUACGAAUCCCAAUUUAUGUGAAAACUCACAGCAGCAAAUAGAAAACAUAUUCUUACCUCGAGAAAAAUAGUACCGGGAAUAUGCAUUCUCCUUCUUCUUCUUUCGGCUGCUCCAAUCCCCAUUACUCUGUACUGUUGAUCCCAAGUAUUUAAACUCAUCCACCUUCGCCAACUCUACUCCCUCAUCCUCACCAUUCCACUGACCUCCCUCUCAUUCAUACACAUGUAUUCUGUCUUGGUGUUCCUACUGACCUUCAGUCCUCUCCUCGCUAGAGCAGAUCUCCACCUCUCCUGGGUCUCCUCAACCUGCUCCCUACUCUCGCUACAGAUCACAAUGUCAUCAGCAGACAUCAUAGUCCACGGGGGCUCCUGUCUAAUCUCGUCUGUCAACCUGUCCAUCACCAUUGCAGAUAAGAAAGGGCUCAGAGCCGAUCCCUGAUGGAAUCCCACCUCCGUCACUCCUACCGCAGACCUCACCACUGUCACACUUCCCUCGUUUAUAUCCUGUACAACUCUUACGUACUUCUCUGCCACUCCCGACUUCCUCAUACAAUACCACAGCUCCUCUCGCAGCACCCUGUCAUAUGCAAUAAAAAGACUAUUUCUAGAUCUUUUUUGUCCCAAACAUGUAUCAGAAACGGGGAUGGAUCUUUUAUCAAAAUGUAUUGACAGUUUGGUAAGUUUUUAGGCAAUUAUUUUUGUGGUUGUGCCCCGUUGCCUCCAUUGUAAAGCACCGGUGCGGGCAAAAUAUUUUCUAACAUUCAUUCAAAACGCUUCAUUUUGUGACACAAUUUCAUGUGCCAGAUGCAUAUUAGAACACUCUAGACGAGAACAGGCCAUUCAGCCCAACAAAGCUCGCCAGUCCUGUCCACUUAUUUCUUCCAAAAACAUCAAGUCGAGUUUUGAAAGUCCCUAAAGUCUUACUGUCUACCACACUACUUUUUAGCUUAUUCCAAGUGUCUAUCGUUCUAUGUGUAAAGGAAAACUUCCCUAUGUUUGUGCAAAAUUUACCAUCAACAAGUUUCCAAUUGUGUCUCUGUGUUCUUGAUGAACCCAUUUUAAAGUCACCGUCUCGAGCCAUUGGACUAAUUCCCUUCAUAAUUUUAAACACUUCAAUCAGGUCACCUCUUAAACUUCUUUUGCUUAAAAUGUAAAGGCUAAGCUCUUUUAAUCUCUCCUCAUAAUUCGACCCCUGCCCCAUGCCAUGUUUGUGAAGAAAUAAAUUUUGACUUGAAAAAUACAGAACUUAAGCAUUUGGGUAUUCUUCUUACUUUUCAAGUAACAUGUUACACACAAAAUUGCAAGGAGAACUACGAUUGUUUUCAGAUCUAAUUCAGUCCGCUGUUUACGUACAAGUGUUUGAUUAAAAACUCAAUUAAUAAUCAGUUUUGAAUUUUAUACACCAAGGCCUCCUAUCAGUGCACUACCAAAACGCGUCAUUAGUUUGUUUAGUUGUGUUACAAGGACUAAAAGCAAAUUAGCUUGUGUGAUAGGAAAAUAGUUAUUUAAAUAUUUUCUAAUUAUACAGAACGAUUUAAUAAAGCUUUAUUUUAUAUCAUGCCUUUCACAGAAGGCACGAUAACAAGAUAUUUUACUACUCUCACUAAAUGUUUCCUUGACUUGUUUCGACAGUGAAGCCCCCUGCCACCGUAUGCCCUACCAAAGCUGAACACACAAGUCCUAGUGGCCUCUUUUUUUGUUUUUUUUUUCGUUCUGAGCCCAAACAGGUCAGGCUAAUUAAGGACCCUUAAACCGAAGGCGCGGGGCAUCAGGUAUGAUCACCUCACCGAAAAACCUGCAAUGAACCCUUCCACAUUAACAAUCUGCCAGGACUUGUUUCGCCUAACAUUAUAUUCCCGAGUCGGCAUCUUCUCAUAAAGACGUAACUGGAAUGAGCCAACACACAAAAGAUUUACUUGGUAGCUGCCAGAAUGGAGAAAUGAAACAUAAAUAUUAUAAAUUUACUAGAGUACAUGAGGAGCUUUUGUAUUCAAUCUGAGGUCAUCCCAAAAUGUAUCCUGAUACGGGAAGUCCCUGCAAGAAGAAACACAGCUGCCAUGACAGACGUGAGUAACAGGGAGGGUCGAGCACCUGGGCAGUCGCUGCCAAUGCGGUGUAUUUCUCAACAAUACUUUAAUUAGCACUUCUGCG